UGGCUGUAACAAAACCCAGACUCCCCGGUCCCGGCCAAUGGAGCCGAUUUAGACUGGAGCAGGACCGCGUCUGUCAAAAGCCCCACUCGGCAGCCGCGGUGGAGUUCAGAAGGAGAGCUGGAGCGCUGCGCUGCCUCCCCGCCCCCGCCGGGAUUUAUUGAGUAUUUGGGCUGGAAAAUUAAGUGGCCCUGAUGAUGUUACCAAGCCCGGUCACUUCCACCCCUUUCUCAGUCAAAGACAUCUUGAACCUGGAGCAGCAGCAGCAGCAGCAGCACUUCCACGGCGCUCAUUUGCAAGCGGACUUGGAGCACCACUUCCACUCAGCGCCCUGCAUGCUGGCCACCGCCGAUGGGACGCAAUUUUCUGACGGAGGGGAAGAAGACGAGGAAGAAGAAGGGGAGAAAUUGUCCUACUUGAACUCACUAGCCACGGCCGACGGCCACGGGGAUUCUGGGCUCUGUCCGCAGAGCUAUGUCCACGCGGUCCUGCGAGACUCAUGCGGCGGGCCUAAGGAACAUGAAGAGGACUCCGAGGUCGUGAGGGACCGGAGCCAAAAAAGCUGCCCGCUGAAGAAGCCUCUGGAGGCGACGGGAGACUGUAAGGCGGCCGAGGAUGGCGAGAGGCCGAAGCCACGCAGCCGCCGGAAGCCCCGGGUCCUCUUCUCGCAAGCCCAGGUCUUCGAGCUGGAGCGCAGGUUCAAGCAGCAGCGGUACCUGUCGGCGCCGGAGCGCGAGCACCUCGCCAGCAGCCUGAAGCUCACGUCCACGCAGGUGAAGAUCUGGUUCCAGAAUCGCAGGUACAAGUGCAAGAGACAGCGGCAGGACAAGUCCCUGGAGCUGGGCGCGCACGCGCCCCCGCCGCCGCCGCGCCGCGUGGCCGUGCCGGUGCUGGUGCGGGACGGGAAGCCGUGCGUCGCGCCGGGCGCCCAAGCCUACGGGGCGCCCUACAGCGUGAGCGCGGGCGCCUACUCCUACAACGGCUUCCCCGCCUACGGCUAUGGAAAUUCGGCUGCGGCCGCCGCCGCCGCCGCCGCCGCCGCCGCCGCCGCUGCGGCCUACAGCGGUAGCUACGGCUGUGCGUACCCCGCCGGCGGCGGCGGCGGAGGGGGCGGCGGGGCCCCUGCGGCGGCCGCGGCUUUGCAGCCCGCCUGCAGCGCGGCCGGAGGCGGCCCCUUUGUGAACGUGAGCAACCUGGGCGGCUUCGGCGGCGGCGGCGGCGGCGCUCAGCCGUUGCAUCAGGGUGCGGCGGCCGGGGCAGCUUGCGCGCAGGGCACCUUGCAGGGCAUCCGGGCCUGGUAGGGUCAAGGCGGCGGGCGCCCCACCACAGCCUGGCGCCGCGGGACUGAGUGCGAGAAAGGCUGGAUCCAAGGGCCAAGUCCCCUUGUUAAAAAACAAAACAAAACAAAACUCGUCUUGCUCACUAGAGAGCCCUGAGCGCAGCUCACAUUCGGCUUGAGGAAGGGGUCUCAGGGGCGAGGAGGAUGCCCAGGGCCGGUGCGGAGACCGACUCCGAGGCAGAAAGGCCGGCUGGUGCCCGGGAGGACGGUGGCCCCGACCUGGCCCCGAACGGAGUGCGAGAGGCUGGGAAUCUGGCUGCCGCUCGGUUCUCCCCGAGCGAGAAGGCUUCUCUCCCUCGGCCUUCCCAAGGCCUCCUCACAGCGUUGGCGGAGAACCCAAAGACACACACACAAAAUAGCAUGAAGGAGAGACAAAUGGGCGUCGUGGCUUGAGAAAUCCCCAAGCCCCACGGACCUUUGGCCCCCUUUGCGGGCCCGGAGCGCCACACUACACUCGAUUUUCCUUUUUCCAACCGCCUGCCCUCAGCAGAGAUCCUCGGCCUGGAUCUCCGGAUUGUCCGGGGGUAGGACUCUUCAAGAAAAACCAGCGAAGCGAGAUAAACAAUCUGGGGGCUGAACAAAUCCGGGACCUGGUGGCCCGUGGAAGGUGUCACCGGGUUCCUUUCUGUUUCGUAUUCUGUAUUCAGCACAUAUAAUAUAUAUAUAAAACUAUAUCCACAUGCCGUGUACACACCCGCUGCCAUACACUACAGGAGUCAAUAAACAAGGUGCAAUAUUUCCAAACCA